AUGAGUGCUGCAAGUUCGGUGUUGUUCCCGCUUAUUCCCCCCCAGGGGCAGUUUAAAAACCCUUACGCUGUAGAUGUGCUGAAGACCAAGAAAGAGGAGCUCAUCGAAGGUAUCAAAAACCCAGAAGAACUCAUCAACCUUCUGGUCGACCAUGGAAUCUUCUCUACAGAUAAGAAAAUGGUGAUGUCCUACUACAGGACAAGGACUGAGAAGAAUUCCCGGCUGGUAGACAUCUUGUUGUCUAAAGGUGAGAGGGCUUGUCGCCUCUUCUUCUACCCUUGUCUGAAGCAGAUAGAACCCAGUUUAUACAACAGCAUCAAAAGUUACGUCAACCAUGUUAACAACGCAGUGGGAGAUGGGAGAAGACAACUGGUGGGAUAUCUACUGGAGAGGGAUAAGGAGGAAAAUCGAGGUCCCGUCAAUGAACCACCAGAAAAAAUUCCCCGGAAGGAGAAUUUGCCCAAGACAGUUAAAAAAGAGACUCAAAAACCAAGUGUCAAAGUCAAGGAGAAGAAGAGUCCUCCACCAGAGACUCCGAGACAGAAGGUGGGUCAACAGUCAACUGUUGGGGUCUUUGAUGCUGUCAUGAAGGGCGACCUCUCCACAUUGGAGGCAAUUCUCAAGGGUUCAAAUGUAAAUGCUGUAAAUUCCUCUGGAGAAACGCUGUUACACGUAGCUGCUUCUAAUGGACACGUCCCGGUCAUUGAAUUCUUGCUUUCGAAAGGGGCCAAAGUAGACGCCAAGGAUAAAAAACGGAGGACGCCUCUGCACCGAGCAGCAGAGAAUGGGCACAUAGAGGCUGCAAGGGUUUUACUCCAAGCUGGGGCAAACAUGUACUCCCUGGACAGUGACUCUCAAUCUCCUCUACACUUAGCAGCUCAGAACAAUCACCACCAUCUGGUAAAACUCCUCCUCCAAGAAGAAGGGAAACGCUAUAAAAAUCGAACCAACUUUUUACACCAGGAGACUUCCAAGGACAAUAGUCGUUUGGUGGAGAUUCUUCUAAAGAAUGGUGCCAGUGUGGACGGUAUGGAUGAAAAGAAGCGAACCGCCUUAUACCACGCGGUGUCGGGCGGCCACGAAGCGACAGUCAAAGUGUUACUGGAAGCUGGCGCUACUAUUGACCCCAGCAUUAUAGACGUGGCCUUCAGUACCAAUAACGAAUACAUUUUCGGUCUCCUUCUACAAUAUUCCAAGGGGCUCUCCCCCGACACCAUGAUCUCCGCCAUGUUCAAAGCCGUCAAGCUGAACCUUUUUGGAAUAAUCAAGGCUUUAAUUGACAAAGGCACCGAUGUGAAUGCAAGGAACGACAUCCAGUACACACCUCUUCUGCUGGCGGCAGAGCUGGGCAAGUCGGAGACGGCACAGGCGCUUAUCGAGAAAGGAGCGCAGGUGAGUGACCGGACGCCAAAUCUGAACACAGCAUUGCAUCUGUCUGUUCAAGCAGGAGAUGUUUCCACCACAAAUCUGCUGCUCCGGAAGGGAAUUAAUGUGAAUAUUACAGGUCCGGGAGAGCAAACCCCACUUCACGUGGCAGCCUACCACAACAGACCGGACCUGAGUGAUAUCUUACUUGCAGCCGGUGCAAAUGUGAACGCUGUCACCAAGGAAUCGGUGACUCCUUUGCACCUUGCCAGCCAGAGGAACAAUGUUGACGUUGCCCGGAAUCUCAUAGAGCACAAAGCCAACGUGAACGCCAAAGACAAGCAUUCAAAGACGCCCUUACAUAUGGCGACAGAAGGAGGGGGGCUUCCUCUGGUGCAAUUACUCCUCAAUAGCAAAGCAGACCCCAAUGUCCCAGAUAAGGAAAAGAAGACCCCGCUCCACCUUGCAGCCAUUGGGGGAAACUCCGAGGUGGUGUCAGCCUUACUCAAUAGCGGGGCCAGGUGUGGUGUGAAGGACAUGGACGGUUGUACCCCCAUCCACUACGCCAUCAUCUCCGGAAACGUGGACGUUGUCAAAUCUUUGCUGACAGCUGGGAAAAAUAAAAACCUAGAAGAUAAAAAUGUCUGGAGGAAAACGCCCCUGCACCUCGCGGCUGAGCAUGGACAUAGUGACAUCAUCCACCUGCUUCUAACCAAUGGGGCGGCCAUAGACCCCCUGGAUAGUAACCGUGACACCCCACUGCACUGCGCCUGUAGAGCGGGUCACCUGAGCUCUGUGCAGACCCUUGUGGGCUGGACCCAGGGCCAAAAAGCCAAUUUACAGGCCACCAACAGUCUGAAGAAGACCCCACUUCAAGUGGCAGAAGCUGAAAGCACCGACGGUCACCAGCAGGUGGCGACACUCCUGAAAAAGAAAAUGCUGAUCAUUAAAUAG